AUGGCUACCUAUAUUGUCAUCGAGGUGUCUGAAAUCGACAAUGCACUGGAAAUAAUGAAUAUUUUGAUGACACACACCACCGCCCGAUUCACAAUUACCAGAAAUAUAUGUGAGUAUGCUGAAGAGAGAGGGAAAUUAGAGCGAGCGACAACUGAAAAAGCUGAAAAUCAGAAAAUCACGGAAAUAGAAGAGCCUCCAUUGAAAAAGACGAAGAAUACAGAAGAGGCUAAACCAAUUACUCCUCCACCACCAAAGGAAUUAGUCAUUCCAAAAAUUGAGCAAGCGGACGUUUUCGAUUUCCAAAAUAAUCUAAUUGAUAGUUGGAAUAGUUUACAACCGCCUGCACUUCAAUCCACAAUAUCAGAAUUGAUAAAAUCGUCUCAGAGCAAUGGAGAAAUGAGUCAAUCACUGAAAACGUCGAAUAAACGACAGAAUUCGACAUUUCAGUGUCAAAUGUGUGGAGCUUUUAUUAAAGCAUAUCAUUUCGAUUAUUACAAAAGGAGUAAUCAUGCAAUUAUUCAUACAAAUCUUCAGAGAUACGUGUGCCCUGUCUCCGGAUGUGGUUCGAAAACUCGUCAUCGAUCCAACAUGGUUGUCCACGCAAAAGCAGCUCAUGGACUGAUAGGAAAAGUGGAUGUGAAGAAUUGUCUGUCACCACAGGAGGAUGAAGAAUUGAAGCAAAUGAUUGUGACUUGUUUCCCAGAAAUGGAAGGAACGAUUCAGAAAAUGUUGAAAAAAGAGAAGAACAAGAAUGGAGAAGCAUUGGAAGAAGACGGUGCAGUUGGGAGUGAUGAUGAUUUUGUGGAAGAAAUUGUUUAUGAACGAUAA